GCAGCAGCGGUAAACAGGAUCCAGCGUGGCGGAAGCAGAGGUGGCAGCAGUGGGAUGCAGCAGACCGGCAGCAGUGGGAUGCAGCGGACCAGUAGCAGAGUUGUUGCUGGAAGCGGUAUUCAGCAGAUCCAGAAACAAGCCAUUCAAGCCCUGUGGAAAGCAAAGAGUACAUUGUCGAAGAUCAAUGCUCAAGUGAUGCGCAACAACAUCGUCGCAAAUAAAAGAGGACUACCGCCAUCUGGGGUGAAUUCCAGACGCCUUAUCAACAACACAUCCUGGAAGUCUCAGCAACAAAUGCGAAACCGAAGAAGAAAUUUUGCUAGCAACCGCGAUUUCUCGAAUCCGUCACUGUCAAAACGCAACCUUAACAACAGCACUUUGUCGUUGAAGUCAAAAGGUAGCCAGUUGUCAUUGACGACCCGUCAUUCUAACAGUUCGUUAUCGUUAAACAGUCAAGGAAGAAUGAAGCAGCGUCGACCUUGGCGAUCAACAUCCAUGCAAGACAGUCCAUCAAAAAUCAUGACCAUCAGUGUUCAAAACCCUUCUCGACCUCCUGCUAACCAACCUGUGCCCAAUGUUAGACAGAGAAAUUCUCUGAAAUUCAACUUCACUUCUGGCCUUUAUGUUCCUGGAUCAGUAAGUAUUCUUUUAUACUACUCAACCAUAAGGCUGUGGUCAUGCUGGGGCACCGCCAGUAUAUUAAUGAUUUAAUUACUCUUUUACUUG